UGAACUUUAUUAAGUGUGGAGUUAGUAUUUGAAAAAAUAUCCUUCUUAAGGAAAAAUUAUUUUUAGAUUACUUCAUUAUCCUAUUGUUUUUGUUCUGUGUAAGUGAUAAGAAGGACAGAAGUUCAAUAAGACUUAUUCGUCUGCUCACAGUGAGAUAAUAAUUUAUAUGUACGGAAUAAGGAAAAAAUGUUGAAACUUUUGCUGUUUGCUAUAGGCAUUUUAGCUGGAAUUUCUGAUGGACAACUUGCAAGCAGUUGCCAUGAUCUCGAGCCUAACGCCUGCAUACUGUUUCAAAAAGCAAAUCCUAACCUGUGCUCGGACCAGGCCUUCUCCUUUGGUGCAUGCAAGAGAUUUUGUGGCAACUGCCCGCUUGAAUGUUAUAUGUGUCCAACACCUGUUCUAGAUCCAAACGUUUGUAAUACGACAGCAUCUUGUGGCGUUGGACAGACAUGCAUGAUAAAACACCUGACGUCACAAGAUGGGCACCACGAGUACAUCAUGAUGUGUGGUGAAAAGGAUAUCUGCGAAGGUGCUUCGCUAGGAUUUCAAAGUCCCAACGUUAUUAACAGUAUCAUCGGCAAACGAUCGAAGAUGACUGAGCCCGAUACCGAUUCACUUCAACGGUAUGAGCGCGAUGUAUCGAUAUCUUGUUGCGAUACUGAUUUCUGCAACUUGCCGAUGACGACAACAACAUCACCACCAACUUCGCCCGGACCUUUCCCUUAUGGUUGCAACCGAGACAUUGUGUUUGUUUUGGAUGACUCCGGCAGCGUUGGCUCCACGAACUUCAGGCAUGCCCUUGACUUCGUCAAAGAAAUUGUACGCCAGCUUGAUAUAGGACCGACAAAGGCGCAGGUCGCCAUGCUCACAUUCAGCACUCGAACAGAGAUAAGCUGGUAUCUGAACAGAUAUUCGACGAAACAGGACCUGUUGGCUGCAGUAGGCAGUGCAAGCUACCAUGGUGGUGUAACGCAUACAAACGCAGCACUGAAAGUAGUACGCGAACAAGUACUCACGUAUGCACAUGGUGACCGGCAGAUGGCUAAGAACGUUGUCAUUGUACUUACAGAUGGCCAGUCAAAUGAUAAGCUCGAUACGAUAAAAGAGGCACAGACACUACAUUCAGUCAGUGAUGACGUCAUCAGUAUUGCCAUAGGCUCAGGUAUCAACGCCCAGGAGAUACAAGCCAUUGCCACAGACAACCAUCACGUGUUCGACCUGCGCAGCUACAGUGCCUUAAACACAAUCUUCAGUAACUUGAUGCAGAUCAUUUGCAAUGCAUGAACUUGACCAAAUGUACAGGAUGACACCAAGGAAUAAACUAAUGUUUUUG